GUUGUGAAACAAGUUUGCUGGAGACUUGUUCCUUCUGGAGUGGAAUGCUGGAACGUGUAGGCUGGGAAGGGAAAUACUUGGCGUGUGUCGUUCACGGUUCACCAAUGGCACCAUUGUCUUAAAGCUCCGUAGACAGCAAAGCGUGGCUACAUUGGGCCGAGUGUUUGAAGGAAUUUGAUAUUCGGAGCCUCCGAGUUACUUGAAGGUCUCGGGGUUUGUUUGUUUUUUUCCCUUCGAGCAAAAGAAGAAAGACGGGUACUGGCUCGGAUUUUUCUGCACGCGUGAACAGGAUGGACUUUGUAUGAUUGAUUGCUGCCCGGCGAUCUGGAAAUAGAGGCUCUUGCUCAAUGAGGACUAAAACUGUAAAUAGGAUUCGGGGCCGCUCAAGGAAAGAGAACUUCUACGGUACUGAUGUUGAACAGGAUGCUGCUGUCAAACUUGCUCAAGAACGUGCUGAGAUAGUUGCCAAGUACGACCGAGGACGCGAAGGAGCCCAGAUCGAGCCUUGGGAAGAUGCUGACUACCUGCUUUACAAAGUUACCGACAGAUUUGGUUUCUUGCACCAGGAGGAGUUACCAAUUCACGAUGCAGCAUCUGAGAAGCACAAGCAGCUCGAGAUUGAGAGAACUACAAAAUGGUUGAAGAUGUUAAAAAGCUGGGAGAAAUACAAGAACACAGAUAAGUUUCACAGAAGAAUCUAUAAAGGAAUUCCAUUGCAGCUGAGAGGCGAAAUCUGGUCCCUGUUACUCGACGUCCCAAAAAUGAAAGAAGAAAUGAGAGGUUAUUAUAAUACUUUAAAAACGCGAGCAAGAGGAAUCUCUCCAGAUAUCCGGCAAAUUGAUCUCGAUGUUAAUCGGACCUAUCGGGAUCACAUCAUGUUCAGAGAUAGAUAUGGAGUAAAGCAACAAUCUCUGUUCCAUGUCUUAGCUGCAUAUUCUGUUUAUAAUACGGAGGUUGGAUACUGUCAAGGGAUGAGCCACAUAACCGCAUUGCUCCUAAUGUACAUGAACGAGGAAGAUGCUUUCUGGGCUUUAGUGAAGCUGCUAUCAGGGCCCAAGCAUGCUAUGCAUGGGUUUUUUAUUCCUGGUUUUCCUAAGCUGUUGAGGUUUCAAGAGCAUCAUGAAAAAAUAAUGAAGAAAUUUUUGUCCAAGCUUAAACAACAUUUUGAUUCCCAGGAGGUCAACACCAGCUUUUACACAAUGAAGUGGUUUUUCCAGUGUUUCCUUGACCGUACUCCCUUUCGGUUAACCCUCAGGAUCUGGGAUAUCUACGUCCUUGAAGGAGAGCGAGUUCUUACUGCAAUGGCCUACACCAUUCUGAAACUGCACAGAAAACACCUGGUGAAAUUGCAGAUGGAAGAACUGGUCCAGUUUCUUCAGGACACUCUUGCCAAAGAUUUCUUUUACGAUGAUGAUUUUGUAAUAGAACAACUCCAGAGCUCCAUGGCAGAACUGAAACGGGCAAAGAUGGACCUCCCUGUAGCAGGUAAAGAGGAUGAAUUUCCAAAGAAGUUGGGGAAAACGCCAGCCGACAGUCAACCAGCCAUGCUGAAUCUCACGCAUCUCGUCAAUGGACAAAAAACCAACAGUGUAGCGAAGGAGGCCCCGGCAAGCCAGAGGGCUGGAGAAGUCCGUCGAGAAGGUUCACCAAGGAGAUACGGAGAAGGAGGCCAAGAAAGCUCACCUACGGCACGGAUAAAGAGAGACAGGGAAGGCUCACCGACACCACGGGGAGAGAGAGGCCAAGAAAGCUCGCCAAACCGCCAAAGACGAAAAAAUUCUCUGGAAAAGAGGCAGAUUUUGAGACAUCAGCAAAAGCCGGUAGCACCAAACGCACAAAGUGGGUUGCCAAAGCAUGAUGGGGAGACCCCCGGAAGGAAGCCUGAAGCGCAAACAGAGGCUGAGCCCAAGCAUAAACACAACGCAACUGCGAACCAAAACUCCAACGCAGUGUUAACUACGGGGAAAGAGUUUGUCCCCAGGUGGAUUAAACCUUCCGACGUUAAGAUAAUCGAAAAAACCACCAAAAUCACCAUGGAGUUUAAGACCAGAUUGCCAAAGCAGGGCUGGACAGGACCAGCCCCUGCUCCGGAAGACGAAGCUCAGAGAUUCAACCCCAAGCAAAAAACGAGGGUUUGGGACGUGGAUGAAAGUAAGCGGGGGUCGAAUGCCUCGCAGUACGACAAUGUUCCUGAAGCCGAUCUGGAGAACGGAAGCUCUGUGGAGCAGGCCCCGGAAAGAGUUGUCCUGCAGAAUCCAAGGAGCACCGUUUUCUCCAGCGGCUCCAGAAAAGAGAUCGAGAAAGGAUCUAGUCCACCAAAAAUAUCCAACAGUUAUGCCUUCAGCUCUGGACCAAGGGUCCCCAGAUACUCCUCCCAAUCUGACGCAUCGGUGGUUGGAUCUCACACGAGACAGCCACCCCCAACGUAUAAUAAUCCACCUGUUUACCAAGGGUAUUCUCCAAAGCACACGACCAAAGAUGGUAACUUCACAGCCACGCAGUACAAUCACGGGACUCGGACCAGCUCCGCCACUCAGUUGUAUGUUCCCGAUUUUCCACCGGAGACGGAAACUCAUCAAAUGCUCUCUGAGAGGCCACCUAGAAAUUACUCCGCCCUCCACCAGAAUCUUGUUGUGACGCCUUCGAGUCGGGUAGAGGUUCUCCCCGACGAGGUCUUCCCAAGCAGCCCCAGAGGCCACCGUCCCGCAAUCCCUCUAGUAGAUUAUCUGCCAGAUCAUAAAAAAUGGCCGGAUCCCCCUUUAGCGUACAGACCAGGAGCCUACGGACAACCCUGGGGCGGAGACGGUGGCCGAAGUCACUUCGGUCACUUGAAGAGACACCCAGCGUUUCAGCCUAAGCCUCUUGAAGACCACAUCUUUCCCACCCUUUCCGUGGACAGGCCUCUGAGAUACAGGACAGCCUCAGGGGAACUCGGCCCCCCCUCCUACCAGUAUCCGAGUUCCCCUGGCCCCGACCGUCAUUACAGGCACCAAGCAGAUGGGUUGUCUAUGAACGAAUCAGUGCUGCUUUGAAACAAUAUAUAUAUAUAUAUAUAUAUAUAUAUAUAAAUUACAUCCGCUCACCUAAAAGGCCUGGAAAAGAACGUGCUUUGGGUCGAGAGUGAUCUAAGAUUAGUAUUCUCUACACAGGACAGUUCAAACCGUCCUGCAGAAAAGCAUAACACUAUUUCCCAAGGUGUUCGAUUUUGGCCAAAGCCGGCCCUGAGAAAUGGGCAGAGCAAAACGGAUCUCAUAAAUGUAGCAAUAUCUUCUUCCCCGUGGCUGUCCUGACAGUUGUUUGGUUCAGUCGCUUCCUUGGGGGAAACGACCCCAGUGGCCUCAAAAGUUUGCAAAGCCCCUCUCAGCCAGCUGCCUUUUUUCGGGGUGGGGGGGGACCUGAUGUUAGGACCCGGGCGACCCUUGGCUGGGGACAGAUGCGGAGCCUAAAAAAAAACGGAGGCAUGGAUGUCCGGAGUCCACAAAGUACUUUCUAUUUUAACUUUUUAAAAAAAUUGUUUUGCUUAAUUUAAUUUAUAUAAACCAUCCGUUAUUUAGAAAGGGAUUUGGGGGGGGAGGGGGUUAGGUUGGGGUGGGGGGUGGGAAGUCUUGACUUUUUUUUAACACACUGCCUCGGUAGCUGCAGAAGAGGAAAAAAAUUCGGGGUCCUCGGAAGACCACCUCUAGAGAGUGAAGCUCUAGCCAGAAGAAGACCUCUCUGUCCAAAUCAGUGGCAUUCUGACGUAGCCAAUGAAAUGGUGCUUCUGUAACCAGGACUGUACAUGAAUUGUAGCACACUGUCAAGAUGUUGGCCUGUUGGACCGACUCCUUCCCAUCUCCAGAGCCAGCUAUGCACUGUAGUCGCUGUCACAUUGAGUCUCCCAGGUGAGUCCUGGGGAGGGCGGGGGGGGGGGAGGUUAGAAACCCAGCAAAUGCAAUUGAGGCAUCUGUAGUGCAGAACAGGGGUUCCCUAACCCACCCACCCACCCACCCCGGGGCCCCAACCCACUAUUGGGCCACGAGCUAUUCAUGCGACUGCUGCUUGUGCAAAUGGAGAUGUGCGUGCACGCUUGCUGGCCUCUCACUUGGAACCAUCCCCUCCCCCCCCACAAAAAAAAUCCCCGCUCCGUAAACCCGGAAAGGUUGGGGAACUCUGGUGUAGAGAAUUAAUAUGCUUCGGAAGGGACGAAGCCCUGGUUUUUCCCAGCCCUGGCCCGUCCUUGCCUUUUCCACGUGGGGUUCCACACCUGCCUUGGGGGGGGUCACCAAUACCGAGCACACGCUCCAUUGGUUCGAACCCAACCCGUUAACCCCUUCUUGGGUAGUAUUGUUGAGCACAUAAUAUCUGUAGGGCUUGGACAUUGUGCAAAUGUUCCGGAUGUAUCUGUGAAGCUGCAAGCCCCCCCCGGGGGGGGGCACGUGAAACCAUUCUGCACACUCACAAUAGGCCCUUCGCCUCCUGUUAAACAACCGCACAACUUUCUGCAUAGGAAGCAUGCGAAAGAGCAACCUCUCUGCCUUUCUACCCCAGAAAGAUGAAAAAGAAGAUUUUUUUUUUAAGGACAUGUUUUUUAAGCUCUCUUGAAACAGACGCCUCACAUUAAAAAACAAAGCAAAAACACUAAAGAGGUGUGAGCCUUUCCAGUGCAUUCUUUUAUUUCUGCAAUUAAACAUUCGGUGCUUUCGUAGGAUAGCCAGGUCACUUUUAUUCCUCUCUGCCCCGUGUGCUAGCAAUAUUGUCUUGGAGGCUUAUGCUGGGGGCUGACCUUUGGAUGAUGGCUUUCGGGAUGGAUUUGGUGGCACAGCGGACAAAUCCAUCCAAAAUUGGAUAUCUCUCACGUCACCAAAAGGGAAACGGCACAGAAAUGUAUGUUCUAGAACAGGGGCCCUCCAAACUUGGCAACUUUAAGACUGGGGAACUCUGGGAGUUGAAGUUGCCAGGUUUGGAGAGAACGUGUAAAAACAAGAAGACUGAGGAGGGAGUAUGCCAGGGGUAGGUUCCGGUCGGUACAGCCGUACCGGUAGUAGUCGGGAGGUGUGGCCACCAUACCGGUACAGUGGCUUAUUUGGCUCACCCGCCCGCCCGCGUUCCUUACCUCUUUUUAAGGCAACUAGGCCAAUUGCCCACACAGGCACUGCGUGCGAUGCCUGCACAACCUCCAACAAGCAGCUGGGCAUGGCAGGGGCGGUGGAAUGUGCAUGCCUGCGUGGUGCACGUCAGGCACGCAAACAGCGCACGUCCGCCGCGUACACGAAUGAACCAUGAGCGUUGUAGCGGUAGCAAAGAUAAGAGCAACCCACCACUGACAUAUGCAGGACUCCAUUACGGGUUUGCCAGGCUGUUCAUUACAAUUUUGCAGCCAUCUUAAUUCCCGGCAGUCCUUAAAAACGAGCAGAACCGCUAACUGGUGGAGCUCAACUAGGUGAGCGGGUGUUGCCUAAGCCGAUCGGUGGACUCCGCAAUUCAAGGUGUUCCCUGCGGCCUGUUCUUUUGCGCCCAGAAUAACGCCGUGGCCUUGUAGAUGUACCUUGAUUUGAUGGGUGCCAAGGACCGCCGCUUCCUAGCCCGGCAGGGGUUUGUUGUGAUCUCAAAGCGAAGGGCUGUUUUCCCCUUCUCUUGUUUUGUCAUUUUUGCCCCUUGCUCUCUCCUUGAGCAUCCUCCUCCGUUCCCAUAACGAGCUUGAAACAUCUUGUUCUUCUUCUCGAGAGCCAUCGACUUUUAUGCCCUUGAUUGGACUAGGGCCGCCGUAGCAUUAGGCCCUUAAAAAGAUGAUUAUAGGUAUAAAAGUCUAGCGCUGAAGUGCUUCUUCAUCCUUGGUGGGAAGCCAGAAAAUUUACUGCAUCUCUGGAAUUCGCUUUAAAAAAAAA